GGGUUAUGUUCAAAAAAAUUUUGACAACUUGCUGAUGUGUUUAUGAAAUCGUGUCAAAUUUAUUUGUAAAACCGCUUUAACAUCUAAACUUGGGCGGUAUUAAUAAUUUUUAACGAUGCCGCUAGGACUAGAUAUAAAGAGAAAACUAACAGCUCGCUCAGAAAGAGUAAAAUGUGUAGAUUUACAUCCAACAGAGCCAUGGAUGUUGUGUUCAUUGUAUAGUGGUAUUAUUAACGUUUUUAAUCAUGAAAAUCAGCAGUGUCUUAAAACAUUUGAGGUAUGUGAUGUGCCAGUCAGAGCUGCUAAAUUUGUACCCCGAAAAAAUUGGAUUGUUAGUGGAUCGGAUGAUAUGUGCAUACGAGUAUUCAAUUAUAACACAUUAGAGCGUGUACAUAAAUUCGAGGCACAUUCAGAUUAUGUUAGAUCUAUUGUUAUUCAUCCAACACAGCCCUAUAUUUUAACAGGCAGUGAUGAUAUGAACAUUAAAUUAUGGAACUGGGAAAAGUCUUGGUCAUGUCAACAAGUUUUUGAGGGCCACAUUCAUUAUAUCAUGCAAAUAGCCAUAAACCCAAAGGAUAAUAAUACAUUUGCCAGUGCUUCAUUAGAUAGAACUUUGAAAGUAUGGCAAUUAGGAUCACCUACAGCCAACUUUACACUUGAAGGGCAUGAAAAGGGGGUAAAUUGUGUUGAUUACUAUCACGGAGGUGAUAAACCAUAUCUAAUUUCUGGAGCUGAUGAUAGAUUAGUGAAAAUUUGGGAUUAUCAGAACAAGACUUGUGUUCAAACGUUAGAGGGUCACGGACAGAAUGUUACAGCUGUUUGUUUUCAUCCAGAGUUACCUGUUGUUCUUACAGGUGGUGAAGAUGGCACUGUUCGGGUAUGGCAUGCCAAUACACAUCGUUUGGAAAGCAGUCUUAAUUAUGGAUUUGAAAGAGUUUGGGCUAUAACUUGCCUGAAAGGAUCAAAUAAUGUAGCUAUUGCAUAUGAUGAAGGAAGUAUAAUGGUUAAGGUUGGUAGGGAAGAACCAGCUGUAAGUAUGGAUGCUAGUGGUGGAAAAAUAAUUUGGGCUAAACAUUGUGAACUUCAACAAGCAAAUCUUAAAGCUUUGCCUGAAGGAGCUGAAAUUAGAGAUGGGGAGAGGCUUCCGGUAGCCACUAAAGAUAUGGGUGCUUGUGAAAUUUAUCCACAAACUAUACAACAUAAUCCUAAUGGCAGAUUUGUUGUUGUGUGUGGAGAUGGGGAGUACAUAAUUUAUACUGCCAUGGCUCUAAGAAAUAAAGCAUUUGGUAGUGCACAGGAAUUUGUAUGGGCCCAAGAUUCAAGUGAAUAUGCUAUUAGAGAAUCAGGAUCAUCCAUUAAGAUUUUCAAGAAUUUCAAAGAGAAAAAACAAUUUAAAUCUGAUUCAUCUGCCGAGGGAAUAUUUGGUGGAUACUUAUUAGGUGUCAGAUCUGCAGCAGGACUGAGUUUUUAUGAUUGGGAUACAUUGGAACUUAUCAGAAGAAUUGAAAUACAACCUAGAGCAGUCUAUUGGUCAGAUAGUGGAAAACUCGUAUGCUUGGCAGAAGAAGAUAGUUACUAUAUUUUAUCAUAUGAUGCUGAUCAGGUACAAAAAGCGAGGGAUAAUGAUGAAGUGGCCGAAGAUGGUGUCGAAUCAGCCUUCGAUGUUUUAGGAGAGGUGAAUGAAAGUGUUAAAACUGGAUUGUGGGUAGGAGACUGUUUUAUUUAUACUAAUGCAGUAAACCGCAUCAAUUAUUUUGUUGGCGGUGAAUUAGUGACCAUAGCUCAUCUAGACAGACCACUAUAUGUUCUCGGUUAUGUACCAAAAGAUGACCGUUUAUAUUUAGCUGAUAAGGAAUUAGGUGUGGUUAGCUACCACCUGUUAUUAUCAGUACUUGAAUAUCAAACUGCGGUAAUGCGCCGAGACUUUGCCACAGCUGAUAGAGUGCUGCCCUCUAUACCAAAGGAGCAUAGAACUCGCGUCGCACAUUUCUUAGAGAAGCAGGGCUUUAAACAACAAGCGCUUGCCGUUUCUACCGAUCCAGAACAUAAAUUUGAACUGGCUAUUGCACUGGAAGAUUUGAAUAUGGCCAGGGCGUUGGCUAUUGAGGCUAAUAAUCCGCAAAAAUGGAGCCAGUUAGGAGAACUGGCAUCGAGUACCAAUAAUUUACAGUUGGCAAAGGAAUGUAUGCUGAAGGCCCAAGACUAUGGUGGCCUACUACUUCUAGCUACCAGUUCUGGAGACGAACACUUAGUAAAAACUUUAGCCGAGACGACCCAAGAACAGGAAAAGCACAACUUGUCUUUCCUUUCUUAUCUCUUGGUGGGAGACUUGCAGAAAUGUCUUGAUAUAUUAAUUAACACAGGAAGAUUGCCUGAAGCAGCUUUCUUUGCAAGAUCGUACCUACCCGAUAAAGUAUCAGAUGUGGUCCAGCUAUGGAAAGAAAAAUUAUCCGCAACAAAUGAAAAAGCCAGUCAAAGUUUAGCUGACCCCAAAACUUAUGAAAAUCUAUUUCCAGGUCUGUCUGAGGCGAUUCUCGCUCAAAGAUAUAUGGAAGGCCAAACAAACCUGGUUCCCGCAUCUCAGGCCAAUCAAAUCACUCCAAACCAUGAAAGGAACGUAAUCGCCGAGUUUCAAGGUCAGGGUUCGUCGCACGCUGCUGUUCCAGGCUCGUCUGUGACGCAGCCUCAAAAUAUAAUUCGACCGACGACCAGGCUACCCAUAACAAGCGCAGGAUCGUUACAAGAUGACGACGACGACAUUGAUUUAGAUCUAGAGGGCGUCAACUUAGACGAUAACAUUGAUACUACGGAUAUCAACUUGGAUGAUGAUCUUCUAAGUGACUAAAAUAAAUUAAGGGCUGAUUUUGAAACAGGAAAUCUAUUAUAGUAUUAAUUUAAUGUAUAUUUUCAUUCCUAUGCUUUAAGAAAUUAAAACUAUUGUCUUGUAUAUUGUUAUAAUAAAUACUUCUUUUAUUAGAUUUAAA